AUGGCUGGGAACUUCUGGCAAAGUUCCCAUUAUCUUCAAUGGGUGCUGGACAGACAGGACCUGAUGAAGGAGCGCCAGAAGGACCUGAAGUUUCUGACAGAGGAGGAGUACUGGAAACUGCAGAUUUUCUUUGCUAAUGUCAUCCAGGCCUUGGGGGAACAUCUAAAGCUCAGACAGCAAGUGAUUGCUACUGCUACAGUCUACUUCAAACGUUUUUAUGCCAGAUACUCACUGAAAAGUAUAGAUCCAGUUCUGAUGGCUCCAACCUGUGUGUUUUUGGCCUCCAAAGUCGAGGAAUUUGGCGUUGUUUCAAAUACUAGACUUAUCUCAGCUGCAACAUCUGUGUUAAAGACUAGAUUCUCCUAUGCCUUCCCAAAAGAGUUUCCUUACCGAAUGAAUCAUAUCUUAGAAUGUGAAUUUUACCUCUUAGAGCUGAUGGAUUGCUGCCUGAUUGUGUAUCACCCAUAUAGACCACUGCUGCAGUAUGUACAAGACAUGGGGCAAGAGGACAUGCUGCUGCCGUUGGCCUGGCGAAUAGUCAAUGACACAUAUAGGACCGAUUUGUGCCUGCUCUACCCUCCCUUCAUGAUCGCUCUGGCCUGUCUGCAUGUAGCCUGUGUGGUGCAGCAGAAAGAUGCAAGACAGUGGUUUGCAGAGCUCUCUGUUGAUAUGGACAAAAUCCUGGAGAUUAUUCGAGUUAUUCUUAAAUUGUAUGAUCAGUGGAAAAACUUUGACGAUCGAAAAGAUAUAGCUGCUGUGCUCAACAAGAUGCCAAAGCCUAAGCCUCCUCCCAACAGUGAGAGUGAUCAGAAUUCAAAUGGGAACCAAAAGCUUUAUUGUCUUACACCGGAAGCGCCCCUCCCUCCUCCGUGCCCAGUAUCAGAGGAGAGCUCGGAGCUCUGUGCCCGUGAUGAGGACCCCGCUGCGGGGACAGGCUCGGCCGGCCGGGAUGCUGCUCCCCCUCUGCCCGGGCUGCGGCACAGAGGCGCUCAGAGGCCGGACGCAGCGCGGAGCAUGUACUGGCGUGUGGGCUUCGCCUGUACCCGCGCGUUUGUGCUUGAUUUGGGAGAGAACCAGGGCUUUUCCUCCAUCACCGGCCUUCUGCUGAGCGCUGCGUCCGACGAGCACCUCUCAUUACUGGGCUAUGUGAUCGCCUCUCCCCUGCAGGACCACGGAGGCGUCAUGGCACUGGGCUCGGACUCUUGGUGGAGAAAGACUUUAUAUUUGACCGGAGGGGCCCUGCUCGCUGCGGCCGCUUAUCUACUGCAUGAACUGCUGACCAUCAGGAAAGAGGAAGAGCUGGACUCUAAGGACGCCAUUAUUCUCCAUCAGUUCUCCAGGCCCAAAUCUGGAGCCCCGUCCCUGUCCCCUUUCUGCCUUAAGAUGGAGACCUACCUCCGAAUGGUGGAUCUACCCUACAAAAAUUACUUUGAUGGGAAGCUCUCACCACAAGGAAAGAUGCCGUGGAUCGAGUACAACAGGCAGCAGGUGUUUGGCACAGAGUUCAUCAUUGAUUUCCUGGAGGAGCAGUUGGGUGUGAAUCUGAACAAGAGCCUGACUCCACAGGAGGUGGCUGUGUCCAGAGCUAUCACCAAAAUGGUUGAGGAACACUUCUACUGGACCAUAGCGUACUGUCAGUGGGUGGACAACCUGGAGCAGACCCAGAAGCUUCUGUCUGUGAGCGGGCUACUGGGUGGGCCACUGAGCGACGUGCUCAAGUGGAUCCUGAGUCACAUGACCGGAGACAUUCUGAAGAGAGAGAUGUACGGACACGGCAUCGGACGCUUCUCUAAAGAGGAGAUGUACUCGCUAAUGGAGAAGGACAUGCGCACGCUCGCCACGCUCCUUGGUAACAAAAAGUACCUUAUGGGAUCCAAAAUAACAACAGUGGACGUAACAGUGUUCAGUCACCUUGCUCCAGCCAUGUGGACGCUCCCAGGGUCCAGACCAGAGCGACUCAUCAAAGGCGAGUUCAUCAACCUCGCCAUAAUGCAGUGA